AUGGCCGGCCUGGUCUUCGCCGGCGUCCUGAUCGGGAGCUUCCUCCGCUCCGGCGGCGACGACUCCUUCCUCUGCUCCCUCGCGAGCAAGAAGCUGAUCCGCGCCACAUCCGAUUACCCCACCACGCCGGCCCAGCUCCAGGCGAUCGUCCACUACGCCACCUCCCGGAUCACGCCGCAGCAGAACAUCGACGAGAUCACCGUAACCCUCGACGUCCUCCGCGGCCGCUCUUUCUCCCCGGCCAAUUUCCUCGUCUUCGGCCUCGGAUUCGAUUCCCUGAUGUGGAGCGCACUGAACCCCAGGGGGAAGACGGUCUUCCUCGAGGAGGAUCCGUCGUGGGUCGAGAAAGUGCUGAAGGACGCGCCGUCGCUCCACGCGCACACCGUCCGGUACCGCACCCAGCUCAAGGAGGCCGACGAGCUCCUGAAUUCGUACAGGAAGGAGCCGACGUGCUCGCCGGCGAGGGCCUAUCUCGACGGGAACUACGCCUGCCCGCUGGCCCUGACCGGGCUGCCCGGCGAGGUCUACGCGACGGAGUGGGACCUGAUCAUGAUCGACGCGCCGCGCGGGUACUUCGCCGAGGCGCCCGGGAGGAUGGGAGCGAUAUUCUCGGCGGCGGUUAUGGCGAGGGCGAGGAAGGGAUCGGGUGUGACGCACGUGUUUCUGCACGAUGUGGACCGGAAGGUGGAGAAGGCGUUUGCGGAGGAGUUCCUGUGCCGGAAGUACCUGGUGAAGGGCGUCGGGCGGUUGUGGCAUUUCGAGAUCCCGCCGGCGUCGAACGUGACCGGCGGGCAGGAUGAGAACUCGUGGUUUUGUUAG